UUUUCACCUUGGCUUGGCUAAACGUUGUCUUAUCAAAGCUGAACUUCCAAAAUGAGCAGCUAGCGGCAUCCUUCUUCGAGGCUAACAGGAAUUAUCGCGUAACAAAGGAGGACGUAGUCGACGGUAUAGAGAAAUGCUGGUUCAACGUGACGAACUACCUGAUUAACCAGUCAAUAAAGCAAGAAAACGACUUCAGCAGUGACGUGAAAACUGCCAUAAAUUCGAUGAAGCUCAAGCUGGACCAACUGCUCACCGUUUCCUACUCGAAUAAAAAAAUAGACACGGUAAACGCGUCCUUCCAGUGGGCCCAGUCCCCUGAGCAUAUUUUCCUCAACAUUAAGUUCUCCCACAGGUGGAGCUCGCCGGGCGCCCUAAAAGUGAAGGACGAACAAGUGGUUGCCAAACAAAACUUAUUUUCCUUUUCGGCCCUGAGUGACGACACCAACUCGGUGACAAAAAAGUACACAGUUGAUCUGAAGCUCCUCCAUGAUAUAGACGAAUCGGAGACAAAGUACAACUUCGCGUCCGUUGGGAAAGUCGUCGUUACUUUGAAGAAAAAGCAGAAGCGGAUUUGGAAGCGCCUGCUCAAGUCAAAGGAGAAAAAUCCGAACAUGCAAGUCUGGUGGGACAUGAAGGAGAAGUAA